AAAAUCUAAAUGGAGUGAAUUUGGAGUUGAGAUUUGAGCAUAGUUUGGAUUAAGAAAUUAAUUCUCAGGAAUUUCGCUUUGGGGUUUUACUGAUUUUGGUUACUUGUCUUCUCCUUCUUUUUCCUACCUGGGAAAUAAAUGCUCCUUUAUAUAAUUCAUCUACGUAAUUUGUUUAAUUAAUUAAUGAAUGAAUUUAAUUAAUUAAUUAAAAAUUAAACAAAGCCCACAAUUAUAAACACCAAACUGAGUUUUAAGUCCAAAAAGCUCAAGCCAAACGCCCAAGUUUGAAAAGACAAAAGCCCAACCCAAGGAACGUUGAAACCCUAGGUUGUAGAUGGCAGAGACUCUCUGGAGCAAUGUUGUUGCCGCCGCCACCGCCUGAGACCACAAUCGGAAGGGAGGCUACCAGGUCAUCAUCAAUAGAGAUAGGAUAAAAAGCGCAGAAAAUGUUAGGAACCAGAGAAGCCACUACCAUAAAGGCCUUGAAACCCAUAGACACAAUAAAACACUAUCAAACCUUCACAUGAGCCAAGGAAGGAGACGGGGAUCGAGCUCGUCGGCAAUAUUAAGCCUUAAGGAUCAACCGUUCAGACUAGAUGGAAGCGGCUAAGGAUCCCCGAGAUACUCCCCUACAACCACUUGAGGGAUCCUUCCUUCGGCCAAGACAGUUUGUACCAACUGAAACACAAACAGUUUACGGUUCAAUCGAUUGCACACCUCUGCCUCUUGCAGUCAUACCUCUCAAAACUAAAUUUGCUGAUGCUUACACCUGCCAAGCCAACAAUUUAACCCGAUGUGAGAUGGCUGGAUUUUGCAACUCGGUGGCUUAAAUCCUACUGUGAAAAAUCUUGCCUAGAUUAUACUCUUUUGCAUCUAACACCAGCUUAACUAGAAGUUCUUUGAGAAAAUGUCUCUGAGAUAUCGACAUUUGAGAGAAAUUUCAGUAUCCUUGUCUCGAAUUUUCCUAGGUAAUCAUUUACAGCAAUCUAGAGAAGCCAUAAACUUGUGUUCAUCUUCCCUUUUAGGCCCAGUGCACCAUUCAGGCAAUUAUAGAAUCAGUGACUCGAGGAUUUUGGAUAAAGAGGUUCAUUCUCAGCGCAGUUACUCUCAGGUACCCAACAAUAUCCAAGUGACAGAUGAGUCUACUCCUCUCCUUGUUGAUGAUAUAUUAUCCUUCAUCCAGUCCACUUUUAGUGAGCUUGAAGGUCCAGAUCAUUGUUGGUUAAAUAGGGUUGAAGGAGAUGAAGAUCACUUCAAGAAAGAUGGAAUCUUUUUGGCUCUUGCUGGACAAUUCUUUGAGAAUUCUCAUAUUGUUAGUAUGAUUGAAAAAAUGAAGUUACUUCAGCAGAAAUAUCCUGAGCUCUGUGUUUUGGGCUUCCAUUCUGGAAAUUCGAUUGGAAAUGCUGCUGUUCAAACUUGCUUUAUUGAAUUGAUAAUGCAGGAGUACAUUACAUUUCCUAUUCUAUUGUCCAACAAGAACUUUUUGGAGUUGGAAAGUGGAGCUUGCUACAUUUUAUUCAGAGAUAUGAUGACUCCUUUUAUUUAUCAUGAGAAGGAUUUGGAUCUUGGAAUGCUUAACAGAGACAUUGAGGAGUUACAUAUGCAACAGAAUGGGAAUGUUGUUAAUAAGAAUUCAAGUUCUCACAACUUGAAGAACACUUGGGUGAAACAAGCUGAAGUCAUUAAGGAACCAGACCUUUCCUCUCCUCUGCAAAACAUGCUCCUCUACUUCCCAGGCUGCAUUUCUGCAGAUGAAAGUAGUGAUCGCAUAUUCCUUUCUGACAGCAAUCAUCAUCGGAUUAUCAUAAUGGAUGGAAAUGGGAAGAUUAUGGACUGUAUUGGUUCAUCCCCAGGUUUUGAGGAUGGAGCAUUUGAGUCUGCCAAGCUACUGCGACCUUCUGGUUCCUUUUAUCAUGAUGCUGAGGAUUGCCUAUAUAUUGUAGAUUCGGAGAACCAAGCCAUCCGGAGAGCUGAUAUGAAGAGGCGAGUUUUAGAUACUCUUUAUCCCAUUUGUAGCGUCAAUAAAAGUAGCAGCAUAUGGACCUGGAUUGCAAAUAAAAUUGGUUUUGCAACGGAGAUUGAUUCGAAGUCCAAAGAAUUUAAUUCCCAACUGCUGGCUUUCCCUUGGCAUCUUUUGAAGUCAGUGGAUGAUAGUUUCUUAAUCAUCAAUCGCAGGUUUGAAACCCUAUGGAUCAUGGAUUUGACUUCGGGAGAAAUAAAAGAAUGUAUUGAAGGAUUUCCCAAUAUCUUCGAGACGUAUGGACAGUUGAUCAUGGAUAAAAUAUCCCUCUUGAAACAGAUGCCAAGUGAUUGGUUGCAAAGUCAUAUUAAUGCCAAUUCCUCUCCAAAGGGACUUCCAUUUGCUAGUCUAAUAUCAGCUGUAACAACCUUCCAAAAUUUCUUAGUUGUGUCUGACACAGUUGCACAGGGGGUGAUGAAAUUAGACACAGAAUCAGGAGGCUCCUCGAACUUCCAGUUUUCAAAUUUUGGGAUCCUUGGAUUUCCAUAUUGGCCAUCCUUUUAUUUGGAAAGAGUUUAUCCUAAUGCUCCACCAUGCGGAGGAUGGACUGAUCAUCUUCAAUCUUUCAGCUCGUUGCCAGGUAGGAUUGAGAUACGGUUGAAUGUAGAUAUCCCUAUGGAUGUAGAGCUAGUUGAACCAUUACAAGAAGGAUGCAUAUGGCGUCAGGCAAGAGGGGCUGCUACUGAAGUUUUAGGAAGAGAGUGUACAGUGGGAUCCUCAGAGAAGGUUGGAGUUGCCCAACAAUGGUAUGAUGAUUUGGAUAAUCUGGCAUUUUCAACUCCUGAAUCUGAGUCUGAGAUUACUAGUGAAGACAGUUAUACAUCAGAUGUCAAGUCUGAAGAUGGAAGGAUGCACAUUGAUUGUGCCGUCAAUACAAGUCCUGGAACGAGUGAGGUUAUUAUAUAUGCGGCAUUGUAUCUGAGACUUAAAAGAGAUCCUGAUUUAAAAGAAGACAGUAGGGAGAAUGAUGCAGCAAGAAUAGCUGAUAUUUUAGAUCCAGGGAGAAGAAGAGGAAUCAGAAGAGAUGCAUGCAUUCAACUGUUAAAAACGAAUGCCAAUUUGAGGGACCUCAUUUUUAUGAGACCUUUGCACGUGAGGAUCAAAUUGGAUUGUGCUGAUCACCCAAAAGCAGAUAAUGGAAAAGAUAUCAUCCUGACCAAUUCCAACAUGGAAGUCAAUGUGACACUUGACACAUAAGUAUUGCUGCUGCUGCUGCACAAUUACAAUACUGUUGUUGUGAUGUAGGCUUCAUUUAAACUUUGGAGCAGGAACCGGAGCGUUGGGCUUAAGGUUUGUAUCAGUAAAGUACAUUAGUCGGCAAUCGCCUCAUUUCUUAUAUACUUUUAAUGACAUCAUGUAUUUUUUUUCUCAGAAAUUAUAUACUAUUUGAAGUAAAAUCUUAAUAGUUAAAUAAAUGUACAAAUUGUUUCCGUUUC